CCAAACCUUGACAACGAUGGUUGCCUCACACCCCUCUUCCUUCUCCUCAUCUCAUACCACCCUCUCGCCUAGAACCCCUCCGGCCCCGAUCCUUGGUGAAAUCCUCAGCGAAUUCUCCGCAUCCCGAUCGCUUCCUGACCCUUGUCAGGCCGGAUCUUCCUCCGAAUUCCCGGCGGGAUCGAUCGAAUUGCCUCGAUCAAGAACGUCGCCCACCCAAGAAGAGGAGGCGAUACCGGACCCUUGGGGUCGAUUGCUUGGGGGCGCGGUUUCUGGCCGCGCCGCUGUGCACGCACGAUGGGGGCGCCAAAGCAGAGGUGGACGUCGGAGGAGGAGGCGGCGCUCAAGGCCGGCGUGGCCAAGCACGGACCGGGCAAGUGGCGAACCAUCCUCCGCGACCCGGACUUCAGCGCCGUCCUGUGCCUUCGAUCCAAUGUUGACCUCAAGGACAAGUGGCGCAACUUGAGUGUUACUGCUGGAGGAUAUGGGUCAAGAGAGAAGGCAAGAAUGGCACUGAAGCAAGGCAAGCGUGCACCUAAGCUUAUCACUGGACCAAUGGACGUCGAUGCAGAUAAUCUGGACAAUGCUCAAAAUACAGUUAUCAAUGCAAAACCAUUGGCAAUUGCUGUUGAAUCCAGGCAGCAUGAGAGUAGGCAGCAUGAGAACAGUUCAGAGAAGUCAGUUGCCAGGCUUGAUGACCUCAUAUUAGAAGCUAUAAAGAAGCUUAAUGAGCCUUCUGGGUCUAAUAAAACGGCCAUUGCUACAUACAUUGAGGAGCAAUACUGGCCACCUACUGAUUUCCAACGAUUACUUUCUACAAAAUUGAAGGCACUGGUUGCUACUGGAAAAUUGACGAAGGUAAACCAAAAAUACAGAAUUGCACCAAGUUCAGUAUCAUUAGGUGGAAGGAGCACCAUGGUCUACUGUACCAAAGACAAUGGAGAAAAUAUUAGUAUUAAACAGCUAACUAAGCCUCAAGUGGAUGCUGAACUGGAUAUGAUGACACACAUGACUAAGGAAGAGGCAGCAGCAUUUGCUGCAAAGGCAGUUGCUGAGGCUGAAGUUGCCAAUGCAGAAGCUGAAGAGGCAGCAAGGGUUGCAGAGGCUGCAGAAGCUGAGGCUGAAGCUGCAAAGGCUUUUCUUGAUGCUGUCAUGUUGACGGUGCAAAACAGAAAUACUGCUUCUGCGAUUCUUCGAGCUUUUUGAUCUUCUCUACUAGGCGUGCCGUGCAUUUGGCUUCAAUCAGCAGAACUUUGUCAAGACAGUGCUGGUGUUCUUCUGCAAAGCUUUUAUUGAUAGAUGAGUAAUGAGUUUCUUGUAUAGCCUUAUAGAUGAAGAUGUUCAAUGAGGGGAGGGGGUUUUCAACAUCUUGCUACUGUCGUGAACCCUGACUCACCAUUUCAGUUGAUGUCAUCCAGUGGCACCCAGCUAGAUAAUAUACCAUGUAAUUGGCCAUGUGUUGUGUUUAGCCAAUCAGCAAUGCAAUAACAGGAACAAACGGGGAAUAGUAUUCAUUUUUUCCCUCCCUUUUCCAAAUUUGUGUUUAUUUGUAAUUAAACCCUAGCCAUUUCCCCUUGGUUCAAGUGUGUCAUGAAAUAGCAUUGUAGCGACAGAAAUGCCGCAGGAGCUGUCUUACUUUAUGCAAAUUAAUGUGAUAGGCUAUUUAUCAGA